UUGAAAACCCCGGAUGUUAGACUCAACUUCUUACUUUAACUUUUUCUUCCUAAAAUAUAGCGAUAUCUCAGCAACCUGAACACAAUCUCAAUAUGGCUCCAAGACUAGAAGUGUCAUUCCCAGAGACAUUGCUGUCAUUAUUUCAAAGUCUAACAUCUGAAGAUAACACAGAUGACAUCAUCAUGCUAACUGACACGGAAGGCCAUGAAAUACACCUUACUAUUGAGCCUGUUGAAAAUAAGACUACAAAAGCUAUUGCGAACAUAUGUAGGAUUCUUGUGAUUGGAGAAAGUGUAUUGACUAAAGACAAUCAGAAUGACUGCCACACAUGUACAAUUGGUGAUGUCACAACUAAACCAUCACCAAACAGUACCAUGACAACAGAUGAAAAACAAACAAUCAAACCAUCUCCUGUUGUCACCUUGACAACAAAUGAAAAACAACAAACAAUCAAACCAAUUAUUACUAUGACAACUGGUGAACAACACAUCAACAAGAAUGAAAAAGUUGAUACUGAAACUAAUGAUAUUAGUGGAGGUACCCCAAGGAGGUCAAGACGUGAAAGACGAAAAGUGCUCCCCCCUGAUGCCACCAUAGAACUUAUUAAACAACCUUUACAUAUUGAAUUACAAAAACAGCAGGGGGGUUCACUGACUAAUGCCAAAUAUGAAAACGAUGACUUUGAUGAGGCCCGUAUUGCUAGUGACAUCAUCGCUAACUCUGAUCAAGGGGAUACAGAAGCUUCUACAGACAGUAUCACUCAACAUGAAGAACCAGAAUCAGAACCUGAGCCAAAGCUAGUUAAAAGAUACAGAGAUUUUAAAACACUAAGUGAAUUCAAAGAUAUGAUUCACUGUUCGUACUGUGGGCUAUUUAUGCAUAAAGAUCGAUUGUCGAGUCAUUGUGAGAUUGAACAUGCCACCGAAGUACAAGACAAGGAUAAAGUCUACAUGUGUGAACAAUGCAGUGAUAUUGUUGAAGACAUUGAAUUGCAUUAUAGAACAUUGCAUGCCUCAGUGAACAUCAAGACAAAUCAGAGCAAUGUUUGGUGUCGAGAUUGUCGCCAGAAUGUCACGGAAUCAAAAUGGAGGAAUCAUCGUUUGAAAAAACAUGGCCAGUAUAAACUCUCAGAAUGCCCGAAAUGUCAGAAAAUUUUCAAGUCCAAAAAUUAUUUGGAAAAACAUAUGAGGAGAUUACAUACUGAUAAUCGCCUGUAUAAAGCAUGUGAGUUCUGCAAGGAGAUGUUUACUGAGGAUUACCUUGAAAUGCAUGUUAAAAGGAUGCAUAAGGAGGUGCAGAUGUUUAGUUGUGAGUUUUGUAACUACCAGGGUAAGGAUAGGAACUAUUUGGAGAAUCAUAUUCGGGCAGUCCAUCUCAACGAGAGGAAAUGGCCAUGUACAUUGUGUGGAAAAAACUUCAAAAAUAAAUCUCACUUAAUUUCACAUAAAUCUGUCGUCCAUGAUGGAAUACGAAAAUACGCGUGUGAGUUUUGCGGAAAACGCUUCACGAAACGUUAUCAUUUAGAAACUCACGUGAGAACCCACACAGGAGAAAAACCAUACAAAUGUAGCGAACCCGAUUGCUCCAAAACAUUCUCAAGUAAAACAAACUGUGAUGUACACAUACGUCAUGUCCAUCGGAAAUCCUACCCGUAUCGAUGUGCGUCUUGCCAAGAAGGAUUCAGGCGGAAAAAUCUACUCGAGCAGCAUUGUGUUACAAUGCAUGAAAAACUUCCAAGAGUAGAGGCAAAAUUAAACCCACAGUAUAACAUGUUAUUGGUAGAGCCAGAUUCUCAUUAUGUACUAUGGGCCGAUGGCUCAAAUACUACUUUGAUAUCAUCGCAAAAUGUCGAGCCUCAGUUUCAGUACCUUCAGGUCACUGGUGCCGAUCAACCUGUCUCUGUAGCUGGGGAAAUUACCCUAGACAAAAUUCAGUGA